AUGCAUGAUCACUAUGCCGACCACGCACCGUAUCAAUCCGGUGCAAAAGCACCACAUCAAUAUUCCGCCAAUUCACCUCCCGAUGGAUCUUGGGACGGGCAACCCACUCCACACUCCAAAUGGGAUCCACGAGGGUGGUCCUUGAAGAAAAAGCUUUUCCUUGCAGCGGGCAUCAUCGUCGUCAUUGUAGCGGUCGUUGUCGGAUCAGUUCUGGGCGUACGAGCCAAUCGCUACCCCAAUUACUCCCAGCUGGACUACACCCUGAAAGACACAUUCUCAGGGACCGAUUUCUUCGACAAUUUCGAAUACUUCACCGAUGCCGAUCCAGCCAACGGCUUCGUCCAGUACAUCAGCCGAGCCAACGCAGAAUGGCUCAAUCUCACCUACGCCAGCAGCGACUCAGCCAUCCUCAAAGUUGACACUACGCUGAGUGGAACCCAAGCAGCCAGUGGUCGGCAAUCUGUCAGAAUCACCUCAAACAAAACAUACGCCGAGGGUCUAUUCGUGUUUGACGUUCUCCACACCCCGUACGGGUGUGGAACCUGGCCCGCUCUGUGGCUCACAGACCCCAGCAAUUGGCCCGAGCAUGGAGAAAUCGAUAUCGUCGAGGCCGCCAACAGUGGAACGUUCGGAAACCAGGCAACCCUCCAUACAUCCGACGGAUGCUCCAUGGGCGUCAAGCGCAAGGAAACCGGAUCCGUUCAAAACAAAAACUGCUAUUACAAGGCGAACGAGUACUCGGGUUGCGGUGUGAAAAGCGCCGAUAGUACCUUUGGGCCUGAGUUCAACAAAAACGGAGGCGGAGUCUAUGCAAUGGAGCUUCGCAGUGCCGGAAUUCGAGUUUGGCAAUGGGCACGCUCGAAGAUUCCUUCUGAUAUUACCUCGGGAAGCCCAGAUCCAUCUACCUGGGGCACGGCGUUUGCAGACUUCCCAAACACGGAUUGCAAUAUCGGGUCACACUUCAAGAACCAGAGUAUUGUCGCCAAUAUCGACCUUUGCGGCGAUUGGGCCGGCGCGGAUAAGUUCUAUACGACACAGAGCAGUUGUCCUGGAACCUGCAAAGCCUUUGUGCGGGACAACGCGACGAGUUUUGACACAGCUUAUUGGGAGUUCAAGAGUUUCAAGGUUUACCAAGCCAAUUGA